AUGGCCUAUAUGGUUCCCAAGUCUGCGGAUGAUGAUUGCGUGAUUCAGAGCGACCACUGGAAGCAACACACAUAUAUGGCCAAGUCCUUGAUUGCAACGCACAAGGUGCAUUUAUUGGAAUGGCGAUUAUGCGAAUGUUCUAUAGUGCACAUUGUCUUCGACUAUUGCACAGCGCUGCUGUCUCUUCGUGCUUCAAAGUAUACGCGUUCACGGCUAUGGCAGUUUAGGUCCAGUGCCAACACAGGGUGUUCUAUCAAGUGGUCGAUUGCAAAGGGAUUGGUUUGGUUGGGAUAUGGAAUGGUGUUCAUGGAUAUGGCUGUCAUCGGUGAACCAUGGCAACAUCAAGCAGCACCAUUACGGCAUCUUUCAAUGCCUGCAGGCUUAUUACAUCAUUUUAUGACUCAUGUGAUGCAUCAUGCUCAGCAUUUCCUUUUGUUCUAUAAUCCUUCGGCUGGUGUCCCUUUAUGCAUGCCCGGUAUCGGUGGAUCAUAUCAACAACAAUCACAAAGCAGCUAUCAUCAAUCGCAAGCCUACCUUUGGUGUCACCAACAUUCAUCUGAUCGCUUGAUGGCUUCCUUUAUUGGCCAUUCGCAUACAAGGGCGUUCAUCAGUGCAGUCAUUUAUGGAUGCAUCACAUCAGGAGGACACAACAAUGCUUUGCCUCGUUUCGGCGCUAUCAAAGUCUAUUCAUCAUUCAACGCUUUCAUCGCCAAAUAUCGAUUCAUUGCAUCCCCAUUCAUUGGUAUGCAUACCUUUGGAUCUACAGUACAAGAGCUAUCAAUUCUAACGAGCUUUCCAGUGAACGAGCAUGGACAGAUUACGGAUGGCAUGGGACUACGAUUUCGGUUUGAAGCAAGCGCGUUUACGGUGGAAGAUAUGCAAUCCCAGAAUCAACAAGGCUUUGUCCCCGGUUAUACCAUUACCACGCCAAAAAUGGUAUUGUACUAUGUCCUCUUUUGGGGAACCAUGUCGCAGGACCAAUGUUUAUUCCACCUUGAUGGCGUAUGUCGUUCGACGUCUAUGGGAUCAUUGGGAUUGAGAUGGACUACUGCAAGCAGCCUAAACCUAUGA